GCUUGCGUUUGGAUUUGAAUGGACGUUGGGAAUUUGGCGGGAUAUUCGGGACGCGAGCAGCUGGAGCGCCGGUCUGUCGGCAGACAGCAGUUUUGAUCAAUAUAGAUAAACGGCAAAUUGAAAUCUGAGGGGGAAGAUGGCAAACGAAGUGGAUUCGGGCGGAAAGCGCAAAUGUGGCUUUGGUCUGGACAGUGAACGACUCACUGCUGAAGAGAUGGAUGAACAGAGGCGACAAAACAUUGCCUAUGAAUAUCUCUGUCACUUGGAGGAGGCCAAACGGUGGAUUGAGACCUGCUUGGGUGAGGAGCUUCCACCAACUACUGAUCUGGAGGAGAGCUUGAGGAAUGGUGUAAUUCUGGCUAAGUUGGGCCACCGCUUUGCACCUACUGUUGUCCCACAGCGGAAAAUUUAUGAUCGAGAACAACUGAGGUACAAGGCAACCGGGCUGCACUUCAGACACACUGACAAUAUCAACCACUGGCUGAACGCAAUGGCCAAGAUUGCCCUCCCAUCGAUAUUUUACCCAGAAACAACGGACAUCUAUGACAAGAAGAAUAUUCCCCGUGUUGUUUAUUGCAUUCAUGCUUUCAGCCUUUACUUGUUCAAGCUGGGUCUGGCUCCACAGAUACAGGACCUGUAUGGAAAGGUCAAUUUCACAGAGGAGGAGAUCAAUAACAUGAAAACGGAGCUGGACAAAUACGGAAUACAGAUGCCCUCGUUUAGUAAGAUUGGCGGAAUCUUGGCCAAUGAACUUUCAGUUGAUGAAGCAGCAGUGCACGCGGCUGUGAUUGCCAUUAACGAGGCCAUCCAGCGAGGGCUCGCAGAGCAAACUAUGCUGGCUCUGCGCAAUCCAAAUGCCAUGCUGGUCAACCUCACUGAUGGUCUUGCCCCAGUUUACCAGGAAAUGCUCUACCAAGCUAAGAGCGAAAAGGCAGCCCAUGCCAGAAACCGGAUCAAUUAUAAACCAGAGCUCUCCGAAGGGAAGGAUGUGUAUGAGGAGCUGUUGACUCAAGCUGAGAUUCAAGGCAACAUUAACAAAGUCAAUGUGCAAGCUGCCUUGGAGUAUGUGGAUGAGGCACUGGAGAGGAGAGAUGCACAGGCUCUGUACUUGGCUCUGCAGAGUCCAGUUUUGAGUCUGCACGAGGUUCAUCGGGAGAAUAUGGAUUGGUACACGGAUCAGCUAAUCAUCGACCGUGAGCAGAAAGCAUUGGAGCUGGGGUUGAUGGAUCCACUGGAGAAGGAAGAACUCCAGGCUGCGGUUCAUGCAGCCAAUGAAAAUGCCAGUGUACAUCUGCACAUGAUGCAGUCCGUGGCAAGAAUCAAUGCAGCUGUACGCAAGGGGAUCCCCCAUGAGACGGUGAAGGAACUGAUGAACUCCAGUGCCAAACUGUCAGACGUCUACCCAUUUGCAGCAGGACUGUACCAGAGAGAGCUGUCUGCUCUCCAGCGACAGAAACCACAGGGUGAGCUGACUCAGGAGGAGCUGUACGUGGCUGUGGAGAUGCUCUCGGCGGUAGCAUUGAUCAAUCAGGCCCUGGAAGCAGGCGAUCUCGGGGCCUUCUGGAGCAGCCUGCUCAGCCCGGCGACUGGCCUGACUGAUGUCAACAACGAGAGUGUAGAGCGGUACUUUGACGCACUACAGAGACUGAAGCAGCAGAACUGUCGGAACGGAGAGGCCAUGCUGUCCUGGAACAAUCUGCAAAUGUGUGUGCACGAAGUGAACUCUGCCAUGCAAGAGGAGCACGACCAAAUUGCUGCCAUUGGUUUAAUAAAUGAAGCCCUGGACCACAAUGAUCCCGAGAGGACCAUUGCUGCUCUUCUCAUGCCUUCCGCCAGACUGGCCCACCUGGACUUUCCAACAGCCAGGCGUUACCACGACGUACUUGCAGUGGCAAAGCACCAUAAGUCAAAGGUCUUGCAGGACACAGCAGCAGUGCUCUGGUUCGAGGAGAUUCAGGAUGGAAUUCACAAGGCCAAUCAAGACAGCCAGAUGGCUAGAAAAUUGUCCCUGGGGGUGGCAGCUAUCAACCAGGCAGUCAAGGAGGCCAACUCAUCUCAAACACUGAGGGUCCUGCGCUCACCAGACGUAUUCCUCUGCAGUGUGAUUCCAGAGUGUGCCGCGGCCUAUCAGUCUGAGCUGGCCGUGCAGGUGCGAGUUAAAGUGGAAACAGGAGACAAUAGAAGCCCAUGGGUGAAGCAUGUGCUGAAGGACGGGUCGAAGUACUAUUUCAACCUGCAGAGACUAGAGGGAAGCUGGGAGCGUCCCAAAGGUUUUGUACAGAACUCCACACAGCUCACCCGGGAUGAGAUUCAGUCCACUGUUGCUUCAGUGACAGCUGGUUAUAACAGAGAGCAGCUCUGGCAGGCGAAUGAAGGCGUGAUCACCAGGCUUCAAGCCCACAUGAAAGGUUAUCUCGUCCGAAAGGAUCUGUCUGCUCGCAAGUACUUCCUCCAAAGGCAACUGCCUGCUAUCGUAGCAAUUCAGUCGCACUGGAGAGGUUACAGACAAAGGAGAGAUUACCAGAAGAGACUUUAUCACCUUCGAGACAACGCAGAUGCUGUAAUUAAGAUCCAGUCGUGGGUGAGAAUGUGGCAGGCCCAGGGGAGAUACAAGGCAAGGCUACAAUACUUCAAGAACAACAUUGCUUCAGUAGUUAAGAUCCAGGCGUUUGUCAGAGCAAAUAAGGCCAGAGGAGACUACAAGAUGUUGGUCCAUGCCAGGAACCCUCCGCUGAAUGUAGUGCGGAGGUUUGCUCACCUCCUGGAUCAAAAUGACCACGACUUCCGCGAGGAGUGGGAACUGAUCCAGCUUCGUGAGGAAGUGGUGCAGUGCAUCCGUUCCAGUCGCCACCUGGAGCAAGACCUCAAUGUAAUGGAUAUCAAGAUUGGACUGUUGGUGAAGAACAGGAUCACCCUGCAGGAAGUGGUUUCCCACUGCAAGAAACUGACCAAGAAGAACAAGGGGCAGCUGUCAGACCUGAUGGUGAUCGACAAACAAAAGGGGAUAAAGGCCCUCAGCAGGGAAAAGCGGGAGAAACUGGAGGCCUACCAACAUCUCUUCUACCUCCUGCAGACGAAACCGGUCUACCUGGCCAAGCUGAUCUUCCAGAUGCCUCAGAACAGAUCAACCAAGUUCAUGGAGUCUGUGAUCUUUUCACUCUACAACUACGCAUCCAAUGAGAGGGAGGGCUACCUGCUAUUGCGUCUGUUCACCACAGCCCUUCAAGAGGAGGUUAGGUCGAAGGUUGACCAAGUCCAUGAGAUUGUAACUGGAAACCCCACGGUAACCAAGCUCGUGGUGAGCUUUUACCGUAAUAUCCGCGGGCAGAACGCCCUACGAGAGAUCCUGGGGCCGGUCAUCAAAGAGAUUCUGCAGGACAAAACCCUAAGCAUCAAAACCGACCCUGUCGACAUCUACAAGAGCUGGGUGAACCAGAUGGAGAGCCAGACUGGGCAGAGAAGUAACUUGCCAUAUGAGGUGACGGCAGACCAAGCCCUGACCCACCAGGAAGUCCAGCGAAGACUCGACAUAUCCAUCCGCCAUCUGCGGACUGCCACUGACAAGUUCCUCAAUGCCAUCAUAUCCUCUGUGGACAAGAUACCGUACGGCAUGCGAUACACUGCAAAAGUGUUGAAGAGCUCACUGAGGGAGAAGUUCCCCGGUGCCUCCGAAGAGGAAUUGCUCAAGGUGGUUGGGAACCUCCUGUACUAUCGCUACAUGAACCCUGCCAUCGUGGCCCCAGAUGGGUUCGACAUCAUCGAUGUCACAGUGGGAGGGGGGCUCCACACAGACCACCGCCGCAACCUGGGCUCCAUCGCAAAACUGCUCCAGCUCGCCGCCUCCAGCAAGAUCUUCGAGGGAGAGAGUGCUCAGCUCUGUACCAUGAACGACUACUUGUUCCGGUCCCAGGAGAGAUUCAGAGCAUUUUUCCGUGCAGCCUGCAACGUCCCUGAACCCGAGGAGAGGUUUAAUGUGGAUGAGUAUUCAGAAAUGGUCAGCCUGAGCAAACCAGUCAUCUACAUAACCGUCGGGGAGUUGAUUAAUACUCACAAGCUCCUGCUCCAGCACCAGGAUUCCCUCUCAGUGGAGCACAGUGACCCUCUUCACCAACUGCUGGAGGACCUUGGAGACGUGCCCACUGUUGAAUCGCUCAUAGGUGAAGGAGCCGUUAGUGCAGAUGAUUCCCAUGAAGACCAUUUGGCCCAUCUCUACAAAAUGGAGGUCUCGCUGAUCCUGACUAACAAAUUUGAUAUGUGUAAAAGUGGAAAAGAAGCAGAUAAUACCAAAGGUUUGUUGCUCAGCACAAAGCAACUGAUUGUGGAUGUGAUCAGAUCCCAAGCCGGAGAUUCGUUGACUGAAAUAUUGCGAACAUUUGCCUCAACAGAUCAGGUGGCAGACCAUCACCGCAUUGUUCAGAAGCGAGCAAUGCGUGAUGCGCGCACUCCGGAGAAGAUGAAGCGACACCCGUCCUUGCUCCUUGACAACAAGCUCCCAAUCGAGGAGAAAAAGCGGAAGAUUAUCCGAAGCUUGAGGAAGUUAGAAGCUGCUGGUGUGGUGUCCACUGCCAAUGACUAUCAACAGCUGAUCAAUGAGAUAGCCAGGGACAUCCAAAAUCACCGGCGCUAUCGGCAGCAGCGCAAGACAGAGCUGAACAAGCUGAAGCAGACGCUGCGCAGGAUGGACUCCAAGACGGCAUUCUUUGAGGAGCAGAUUGACUACUACAACCAGUACAUUAAGACCUGUCUUGACAACUUGGCAGCUAAGGGAACAGGUCCUGGGAAGAAGUCUGCAGAGGCCAAGGGAAAGAAGAAUAAAGUCCUGUCUCUGAACUACACUGCUGCACGACUCCAAGAGAAGGGGGUCCUGCUGGAGAUCGAUGAUCUGCCCACCAGCCAGUUCAGGAACGUUAUCUUUGACAUUGUGCAGAGCGAGGUGGCGGGGACCUUCGAGGUGAAGGCUCGUUUCAUGGGUGUGGACAUGGAGAGGUUCCAUCUGAAGUAUCAGGAUCUUCUCCAGAUGCAGUACGAGGGAGUAGCUGUGAUGAAGAUGUUUGACAAGGCCAAGGUUAACGUGAAUCUGCUGAUCUUCUUGCUCAACAAGAAGUUCUUCAAGAAAUGAGUUGCUGUCUCACUCUAUUGCUUUUGCCGCCCAAGAUGUAACCACGUGCUUCUGCUGUGCAGACACAACUAGCAUUAGAACAUACCAUGGUAGAUCACCUUUGGCACACCAGUGUGUCAAUACACAUAUAUAGUUAAUAUAUUGUUGCUUAAAAGUAACCUCAGACUCUAACAGCUUGGAGAAAGGAAUUGAGAAUCAUGUCCGCUGUGCUCUUUACAAAAGGUUUAUUGUUGAAUCUGGAAUCUCAAGUCUUCAAGAACAUGUGGGGCCAAAUCCCCCGAACAGCAUCGCCAGUAGCUCUGCCGGUAAUAACAGAUUUAUUUUCUCCACCUUGUGCCUUGGGAUUAUCCUCCAAACCUCCCCUGUGUGAUUAUGGGGAUCUACAGCCAUUUCCUUGGGGUCCAGAACCUUGAUUCCUGCUCUUCAACCCACUCUUUCAACCUGUCACCUGCUACUCAUGUUUUAAACUGAAGUAGGUUAUGAGUUACCGUGGGUGUGCAGUGGGCCAUCAGGAAGAGGGAGAUGUAGGGGUCAGAUGCAAUCCUCUGCUCCCAACCAGUUUGGGGGCUCCAAAUGGAGGAGAAGUAGGUUCUGUUUUAUCCCAGUCCAAAACUCUAAACCUCGUCUGUAACUGCUGCAGCUCCACUCUGAUUGGAUUGGAAAGUUGCCUGUUGACUCUGAGCUCCAUGGUAAAUGCUUGGUGAACCUAACCAAGUCUUGGUGCUACUUGAUUGUUAAUCAGGACCACUGCAUCUGCAAUUAUAUUUGCUUCAUAAUUUUAUACUUAGGAUGGAGUUGCCUCCAUCCCUGCGGGCCCUGAGUUAUGUCCCUCAGGAGAACUUUGUGCCAUAGGGACAAACUUCUGUGGCAGGAGCAAUGUUGACUAUAUUCUUGGCAUGUUAUGAGGUCUUCACACUGAAUACCUUCAGUAGGGACGCAGCCCCCACCCCUGGCCUAUUGUAUCCUGUUACCGGAGCCAUUGAAAUACGCACCAUGCUUUUGUUGAUUGACGUGGUAAGACUGGGACCUUCAGGGUUUUUAUGUGUAUGUCCCGUUAUAGGAGGGAACACAACAGGCAAAAGCCCAUUUCUCAGCAGCCACAGUACUCUUUUGUGAGGGGCUGCAGCAGUUCAGUGCUUUCUGCUAUCUGCUCUCAGUUGCAUAAGCUAAAGGAAGUGUCCAGCGUUUUAAACCAAGAACUGGUCGCCCCUUGGAUGUGACCAAGUAAGCUGGAAUACUUUGCAGCUCCCUGUGGAGGGAGAGGUCCCAGGUGCCGUGUAACCAGGGCGCACUUGAAGGCGAGGCGGUGGAAGGAAUGAACCAGUACGGUUUGUUAGACCACAGCUCCCAGCCAGCCUCAGGUGGGCUGCCCUUGUCCCUUUGUCUGAUGGCCCAGCCCAUGUUCUGAAGGAGUGCUUAUCACUUCACCCCAGCUUGGUUGUAGAUUUCCCCAUUCAUACAGUAAGAUCAAACUGGUAGUUACUGUCAGCUCAGGCUAACAGCCUGCUGAAGGUGUGCCUUUCAAUCUGACCCAAACUAACAGGGUGAAAGAGUGACAUUGGACCAGGUUUUCUGCCUGUAUCACUCCCCCAUCACCCUGAGUGAAACAGUGACUCCUGUUAUUUAUUCUGCUGUUUUCCUCCAUUAUCUUAAAUUGGUCAGCUGAUAGUUGAUGAGAAAGAUCUAAUUCAAUGUUUCAAUUCGUGGUACAAACUAUUUUAUCAAAGUGUUGGGAUUUUGUGUGUAACGGUUGUAAAAUUUUACUUUUUUUUUUAGAAGACCUGCUCUGAGCAGCAGUGUACAAUUGUACCCACUGAUCUGGCAGCUCGAGUAAGUAGUUUGUUCAGACUGUAAGUUAAACAUCCAUGGCUAUAUUGGGAUGAAAGAGCGGGCAUUCUGUUGGAUCUGCCCUGUAACAGUAUCUAUUCUCCCAAGGUUGCUGUCUGUGUAAAGAAGUUCUGAUACUUUACAUAACUCCCCCCAAGCUGUCCAGCCAUUCACUGUGAUUGGACCAAGCCUCAGCUCCCAGUUCCCCAUGGCCUUCAAAGGCAGGAUAGUGGAUGAUUUCCACACAAAAAGAACAAGUUGCUGAAAGAAUUCAUUGGGUCAGACAGCAUCUGUUGAGAAAAAUAAAUGGUCUGCAUUUCGGAUCGAGACUCUUCAUCUGCACGUAAAGAAUAGAGGGGAAGUGCAGGGCAUAGGUGGAUCCAGGUAAGGGGGAGGGUGAUAAGUAGAUGCUGGAGGUAGUGGAGGGGAUAGAUGAAGGUAACAGAGGGCUGCUGAUGGGAGAGUGAGGCAGGCAUGGCAGUGGGCCGGACACGAGGAGGGGAGCCAUGGUACACUGAACCGAACUGACUGUCAUAGCUGCAGGGCUGAUGAUACUCAAGACCUAGCUGGUGCCUUGAAGCCUCUCACUGCCAGGGUGGUGGGUGGAAGGAGAUAAGUUAGUGGUAAUCAUUCCAGUAUUGAGGGAGUGCAGAAAUUUGUGGCCUGGAUACAUUUUUAACGGUUUAGUUCUGGAGCACCUCCCACAUAGCCAGGAUCUUGAUUGAGAUUUAGUGACUGACCUGAAAUAACCUCGUCCCUCUCACUGACCUCUCCCUGUUUGUUUACCCUUCAGUUUGUUAGAGAAGGCAGGGACUUCGGGGCUUAGACUGCCACCACUCUCUUCCCCUACCAAUAAUCAGCAAGAGUGGUCAUUGGGGCAUCCAGUCGAGGUAGCCAGUGAAUUGGAGCAGGUUAUUAAACAACCAUGGACCUCAGCUUGGUGGGCCCAGAUGCAGCUGGAGAAGGAAGUUGGUCUGACCAGCAGGUCUGACUCCAGUGUGAGUUAGAUGAUCUAGAUUGUUAGACAGAAACCAAAAGAUGAACUUUUGUGCUAGCAGUGAGGUUAAAUUUUCUGAUGGUCACUUUUUAAAAUUUGUACACUAUCAUAAAGAAAUCAUGUUUUGUUUUAAAUGGUACAAAAACGGUUGAGUGUAACUGAACUGUUUGUGAUCAAGAUAUUUGCUAAAAUCACUACAUUUUGUAACUGGAGCUUUUACAUGUUGCUCCUUCUGUCUCGUUCUUUAACUCUGUGUUGUUCUUGGAGUUUGUCAUUUACUCACAGUGCAGUGUAUUUUAAUUUGUACAUUAUAGCUGCAGGCUACACAGUGCUUUGGUGCCUUUAGUGCAUCUGCAGAAUGGCUUUCACUGCUCAGUCCAGAUACAGCAACAGAGGAGAGCAAGAAGGAUGAGUGUGUUAGUGUUACAGUUCAACGUCAGCCUGAAUCCAACAUACGGUUUUGGAAUGCAAGUCUCUCUUCUGCUGUGGGAGAUUCACACUGAGUCUCAGACUGGCAGAUGCAAGCUUGUGGUUUCAAAUGGUCCAUAUGUUGACACCAUCUUCAAAAUCAGUCUUGAUGUGUGAAGUCAGCAGACAUCAGCUGUGGAAAAUGGAAUAAUUCUGCCUUGCCAAUAAUUUGACUGAAAUUCAGAUCAAAGCACCUUGAAUCUAAACCCUUGUCUUUUGACCUUGAAAACCCUUUUCUGUGUGUUUA